AUGACUGAAACCAAGGAGAAACUUGAGCCGCAGAUCAAGUCUGUUGACAUGACCGAGGACAUGCAACAGGAGGCUAUCAACCUUGCGAUCGAGGCGAUAGGAAAGCACCACGUCGAGAAGGACAUCGCUCAGUACAUCAAAAAAGAGUUUGAUGUCCGGAAGGGUGCUACCUGGCACUGUGUUGUUGGACGUAACUUCGGCAGCUUUGUCACCCACGAAACGAAGCACUUCAUCUACUUCUACCUCGACCACACCGCCAUCCUUCUCUUCAAGACCCAGUAG